GACUGGAACCAUGAGUUCAAAACUGAUGUCAACUGUCAACCCAGCUGCUAUGCUCACAGUGAUUUUACUAAUGAUCUCACCGUCUGAAGGUUUCCUUGGUUUUCUGAGUGGAUUGGGUGGAUUUGGUGGAUUUGGAGGACGUGGAGGGAAAAAAAUUCAACCUGUGGCCUUCCGGUUACCAAAACCACCUACUUUACAGGGACCCACAGCCCCGAACACAGCUUUAGCCACUGCAGAAAUCGUGCACAUGGGAAAACUUCAGGGACCCGCUUCAUUUGUCAACACAGGAGAGGAUUUAUUUGUUGCAACGAAAGACAACAAGAUCUACAACGUAGCAAGAUGCCAACCAAAACUUAUUGUCGACAUGCGGCCCCAAGGAUGUCGGACUCGUCAAACCUGCGGCCAGUUGAUAAGUCUGAGGAAAGACCCCACCACCGGUGACCUCUUAGCCUUGGACAGCUUCAGGGGAAUCUUCCGGGUGAACAGUACCACUGGAGAGACAAGCCAACUAUUUUCAAGUCAAACCCCAGUCAACGGUCGCGCGCCAGUUCACCUGAACGACUUCGUCAUCACCAGACAGGGUUUCAUCAUCAUGUCCGACUCCAGCGACAGCCACGACUUUGACAACGACAUCUACAUCGGCAUGGAGGGGAGGACGGACGGAAGGCUCAUCGCCUUCAUCCCUAGCUCUGGAGCAGUGAACCAGCUACGCCCCAAGUUUUCCUUCCCCAAUGGCCUUGAACUGACGUCAGACGAGAAGAACUUGCUAGUCGUGGAGUCAACCCAAGUCAGGGUGGUCAGUGUCAGUCUGGAAACAAACACGUUUCUGUCAGUCACUCCCUUGUCCAACAAUCUUCCUGGAAUACCAGACAACAUCAGGGCUUCUGACCAUGGCACCUUUUGGGUUUGCCCGACAUGCAGCAUCGAAGAAUCCGAUGGACUUAUAUUCUUCCAACACGAACACGAUGUUCAGGAGCUCAUCGCCUUCAUCCCUAGCUCUGGAGCAGUGAACCAGCUACGCCCCAGGUUUUCCUUCCCCAAUGGCCUUGAACUGACGUCAGACGAGAAGAACUUGCUAGUCGUGGAGUCAACCCAAGUCAGGGUGGUCAGUGUCAGUCUGGAAACAAACACGUUUCUGUCAGUCACUCCCUUGUCCAACAAUCUUCCUGGAAUACCAGACAACAUCAGGGCUUCUGACCAUGGCACCUUUUGGGUCGGAAUGAUGUUUGCCCGACAUGCAGCAUCGAAGAAUCCGAUGGACUUAUAUUCUUCCAACACGAUGUUCAGGAGUAUGGGUGCCCAGCGAAUGUCAAAGAAGGCUCUGAAAAACAUGUUCUCUCGCUGGGCCAUUGCAGUAGAGCUAGAUGCGUCGGGAAAAAUACUCCGUUCCAUUCAGGAUCCGAAAGCCGCUCGGAUGAGCUCUGUGACAGAGGUGAGUGACUAUGGCGGAGUGCUAAAUAUUGGAAGUGUGGACUCCAAAUUCAUGACACGCAUUCUCGACCGGGUCAAACAAAUCAAUGCUGAUACUUUCAUGCAGGUCGUCCGAAGUCGGUGCAAAAUUCCUGUCAAUCAAGUGGAUAUGUACAGGAAAAAGGCAAUGGAAGUUUUCAACAAGCCUACCACUACGACCAAUGCCUAGUUGUGAAACCAGAUAUUUGCUUUAUCUGAAUACUGGGAAAAAAUACAACACUCAAGUUGUAUUUUCCAUUUUGAAACUGACAACAGUUGUUCAUGUUCUGAAAUGUAUACGGUACAUGCUUUAAGCUGAAUUUGACGGGUAAAGUAGAAACAUCUGUUUCAGUCGAGUUCGAGUGAUUCUCUUUGGUAGAGAGUAUUGUUGUUCAAGGAGAUGUGCUGUAUCUAAAUGUUAAACUAAUUCUUGCUCAUUUAUUUCAAAGUUUGAUGACUAAUAAAAGUAUAA